AUUCCCUGUGUGCACCUACCAAGCACCAUUGAGUCAAAGCGCAAUAAGUCUCCCCCGUCUCUUCCCGAUUGUCUCCUUACAAUUUGGAUAUGAUUUCUUUAUUUUCAAUGACGCAGCCAUCACAGUAACACAAGUGGUAUUGAUCCGCUUCACCUGCACUCCCCUCUCUCUCUGCGUCUCUUUUCGAUUUGAAAAUGAUUUCUUACAUUUCAAUCAGCAGCCAUCACAGUAACACAAGUAGUCGCGAUUGAACCGUUUCUCCUGCUCUCCACUUUUUACUACGAAACAGAUCGUAAAAGGAUGAGAAUGUACAUUCAAUGGGGGUCAUUGUCGUACUGUUGCCUUUUGACCCUUUUAAGGGAUGAGCCGAGAGUGGGGUGGUGGUCAGUUUCUGUUGAUUGCAUAGAUGAAGUUGGAGACUGAAGCUACAAACGUUGGGAGUCUGGUAUUUGCUGUUAAUGGAGAGAGGUUUGAACUCUCCUCUGUUGACCCUUCUACAACUUUGAUUGAGUUCUUGCGUUAUCAGACUCGAUUCAAGAGUGUCAAGCUUGGAUGUGGUGAAGGUGGUUGUGGGGCGUGUGUGGUUCUGCUGUCCAAGUAUGACCCCAUACUAGAGCAAGUUGAUGAUUUUACAGUGACUUCAUGCCUCACACUACUUUGCAGCGUGAAUGGGUGUUCAAUUACGACAUCAGAUGGCUUUGGAAAUAGCAAAGAUGGAUUCCACCCCAUUCAUGAGAGGUUCAGUGGUUUUCAUGCUUCUCAAUGCGGCUUUUGUACACCUGGAAUAUGUGUUUCACUCUUUUCAGCCCUUGUCAAUGCUGAAAAGACCAGUCUGCCUGAUCCUUCUCCAGGAUUCUCCAAACUGACAGCUUCUGAAGCCGAAGUGGCUACUGUUGGACAUCUUUGUCGUUGUACAGGGUAUCGAACCAUUGCAGAUGCUUGUAAAAGUUUUGCGGCUGAUGUUGAUAUUGAAGAUUUAGGAUUGAACUCUUUUUGGAAGAAGGGAGACAGUAAAGAAGUAAGCAUAAGUAGAUUACCAGGAUAUGUUCGUAAUAACAAAAUUUCCACAUUCCCUGAGUUUUUAAAGGGGGAAAUAAGAUCUGCUAUGCGUUUGGAUUCAAAAAAAUAUUCUUGGUACAAUCCUGUCAGUGUUGAUGAACUUCAGAGCCUACUAAAAACAGUUGCAGCUAAAAAUGGAACCAGGGUAAAACUAGUAGUAGGUGAUACGGGUAAGGGGUACUACAAGGAAACUGAACAAUACGACGUAUACAUAAAUCUUAGCUAUUUACCUGAGCUCUCUGGGAUUUGGAGGAAUCAGAAUGAGAUUGAAAUUGGAGCAGCUGUGACUAUUUCUAAAGCUAUUGAAGCUUUGAAGGAAGAAAACAAUGCUGAAGUUCACUCAAAAGGUGAGACAGUAUUCAAAAAACUUGCUGCCCAUAUGGAGAAAAUCGCAUCUAAAUUCCUUCGUAAUACAGCUAGUGUAGGGGGAAAUUUGGUACUGGCACAAAGGAAAAGUUUUCCUUCUGAUAUAGCCACAGUUCUCCUUGCUGUAGAUUCUUUGGUCAAAAUAAAGACCGGUACGGGGCUUGAAAAGCUUUCAUUGGAAGAAUUUCUGGGACGGCCUCCAUUGGAUUCUGAAAGUGUACUUUUAAGUGUUACAGUCACAAAUAGGAACUUGAUGAACAAUUCAUCUUCCAAAACUGACGCCAAGUUGGUAUUUGAAACCUAUAGAGCUGCACCACGACCCCUUGGAAAUGCAUUGCCUUAUUUAAAUGCUGCUUUCCUUGCUGAAGUGUCUCGCUCUAAAUCUGCCAAUGGAAUAAUGUUGAACAAUUGUCGUUUGGCCUUUGGUGCUUAUGGGACUAAACAUGCAAUAAGAGCUAGAAAGGUUGAGGAAUACUUAGAUGGAAAAAAAUUAACAGUUGGUGUUCUAUAUGAAGCCCUUAUGUUAGUUAAUGCUACAGUGAAACCUGAAGAUGGUACGUCAAGUCCGGCAUAUAGGACAGGACUGGCUACUGGUUUUCUUUUUAGGUUCCUCAGCCUCUUAACAGAAACUGGUACUAAUAGUUAUGAUGUUUGGUUGGAUGGAUAUGAUAUUACUUCAAUGUCUGAGGCAAAGCAGAAUCAUGAACAUUUUGAUCAUGUGAAACCCCGAACUUUGUUCUCAUCCGGGAAGCAGGUGUUUGAGGUUGGUGAAGAGUAUCGACCUGUUGGUGAGCCAAUCACAAAAUCAGGAGCUGCCAUUCAGGCAUCUGGUGAGACCGUUUACGUGGAUGACAUUCCCUCUCCUCCAAAUUGCCUAUAUGGAGCAUUCAUUUAUAGUACAAAGCCUUUGGCACGGGUGAAGGGCGUAGAGUUCAAGUCUAAAUCCAUACCCAAUGGAGUCAUUGGACUAAUUUCUUUCAAAGACAUACCAGAAGCUGGGGAGAACAUAGGUUCUCAAUUCUUUUUUGGUAUUGAACCUUUAUUUGCUGAUGAGAUUACUCGGUGUGCUGGUCAAACUAUCGCCAUUGUGGUAAUUUCUCUACCGGUCAUUCUGUUGGUUGCAGAUACCCAGAAGCAUGCAGAUAUGGCAGCAAAACUUGCAGUUGUUCAUUAUGAUACAGAAAAUUUAGAGGCACCUGUUUUAUCUGUGGAGGAUGCUGUUAAGAUUUCUAGUUUUUUUGAGGUUCCUCCUAUUGUUUACCCCAAACAGGUUGGAGAUUUUUCAAAAGGGAUGGCUGAAGGUGAUCACAAGAUCCUCUCUGCCAAGAUUAUAUUGGGAUCACAAUACUAUUUCUAUAUGGAGACUCAAACUGCCCUUGCAAUUCCUGAUGAAGACAACUGCAUGGUAGUUUACAGUUCAACUCAGUGCCCUGAAUUAGGAGGCUCUACAAUUUCAAGAUGUCUAGGUAUUCCUGAACAUAAUGUACGUGUCAUCACCAGAAGAGUUGGAGGCGGCUUCGGUGGAAAGGCUAUAAGAUCCAUGCAUGUUGCUACAGCAUGUGCACUUGCUGCUCAGAAAUUACACCAGCCUAUCAGGAUAUAUGUCAACCGCAAGACUGAUAUGAUAAUGGCAGGAGGAAGACAUCCCAUGGAAGUAACUUACAGUGUAGGGUUCAAAUCUGAUGGAAAGAUUACAGCCUUACAGCUUGAUAUACUUAUCAACGCUGGAAUAGCUACAGAUGUCAGUCCAGUUAUGCCAAAAAAUAUAAUCUGUUCCCUUAAACAGUAUGACUGGGGUGCUUUGUCUUUUGAUAUAAAGGUAUGCAAAACAAACUGCUCUUCUAAGUCAGCAAUGCGGGCCCCUGGAGAGGUACAAGGUUCAUUUAUAGCUGAAGCUGUAAUUGAACAUGUAGCAGCUACCCUUUCCAUGGACGUGGAUUCUGUCAGACAAAUAAAUUUCCAUACAUACAAUAGUCUUAAUUUAUUCUAUGAGCAUAGCUCAGGUGAAUUUGUGGAAUACACUUUAGCUUCAAUCUGGGAUAAAUUGGAGAUAUCUUCAAGAUUUAAAGAGCGAUUCGACAUGGCGAACGAGUUUAAUAAGCACAACGUAUGGCAGAAGAGAGGCAUUUCACGGGUACCGUGUGUGAUGGAAGUGCGUGUGGGACCAAGCCCCGGGAAAAUGGGCAUUCUACGCGAUGGAUCUAUUGUUGUGGAAGUUGGAGGGGUUGAAAUCGGCCAAGGGCUCUGGACAAAGGUAAAACAGAUGGCUGCAUAUGCUCUUAGUUUAAUCAAAUGUGGUGGGAGUGAAGAACUCUUGGAGAAAGUAAGAGUCAUACAAUGCGAUACCUUGAGUUUAAUUCAAGGUGGUCUUACUGCUGGGAGCACAACAUCUGAGGCAAGCUGUGAAGCUGUUAGAUUGUGCUGUAAAAUCUUGGUAGAUAGACUAUCCCCUCUUAAUGAAAGAUUGCAGCAGCAAAUGGGUUCUAUUAACUGGGAGAUGCUUAUUCAGCAGGCCUCUUUGCAAAAUGUCAACCUGUCGGCAAGUUCUUACUUUGUUCCUGAACCGAGUUCCAGUAGCUACUUGAACUACGGCGCUGCUGUGAGUGAGGUUGAGGUAAAUCUUCUAACUGGGGAAACUACAAUUUUGCGUUCAGAUAUCAUCUAUGACUGUGGAAAAAGUCUCAACCCUGCUGUGGACUUAGGACAGAUUGAGGGAGCAUUUGUUCAAGGAAUUGGAUUUUUUAUGUUUGAAGAAUACCUGGCAAAUGAAGAUGGAUUAGUGGUGGUAGAAGGCCCAUUGACGUAUAAAAUCCCAACAAUUGACACCAUACCUAGACAGUUCAAUGUUGAAGUCCUGAAUAGCGGACAUCACCAAAAUCACGUUCUCUCUUCAAAAGCUUCUGGAGAGCCACCACUACUCCUAGCGACCUCAGUUCAUUGUGCCACAAGAGCAGCUAUUAAAGAAGCUCGCAGACAACUUUUCUCAUGGAAGGGCAUCGAGAGGACAGAGACAGCCUUCCAGUUACCAAUCCCUGCCACCAUGCCUGUUGUAAAAGAGCUCUGUGGGCUGGACAUGGUGGAGAGUUACUUGCAGUGGAAAAUGAAAAAGGAAGGGAUCCUGUAAUUGACUUGGCGAACGUAUAUAUAGUUGUUGGUUGUGCAAAGGUCACAGUGAAGACUAAAAGGCUAAAACGUGAAGUGCAUUUUGACUUUUGACACAAACGGUUGCUUGUGUAAGGGAUAGACCACUAUAUUUAACUUUCAUGAAAAAUGUGCCCGGUUCUCAAAAGAUUUCCAGCGGAGGAAUUCCUCUAGCGGAAUGGAGAUGUUUUGUUGCCUAAACCACCUCCAUUGGCCUAUCCUCUGCGGCUCAAGCAAUUGACCGGGCAAGGUCUCAUAUAAGGCAAAAGUAAAAUUCGUUAGUAUGUGUCCUUUUUCUUUACAAAAAAAGGGUUUAAUAUGUCGUUUUUUUGUUACACAAAACGGUAAGAUGUGUUGUCUUUGACAUAAAAAACGGUGGGUC